AGCCCCCGGCCUAGCUCUGCGAACGGUGACUGCCCAUCCUCGGCCGAAAUGAGCCACCACCCGGCGGGCCUCCGGGCCGGCUUCAGCUCCACCUCAUACCGCCGCACCUUCGGGCCACCGCCCUCACUAUCCCCCGGGGCCUUCUCCUACUCGUCCAGCUCCCGCUUCUCCAGCAGCCGCCUGCUGGGCUCCGCGUCCCCAAGCUCCUCGGUGCGCCUGGGCAGCUUCCGUGGCCCCCGGGCGGGAGCGGGUGCCCUCCUUCGCCUGCCCUCGGAGCGCCUCGACUUCUCCAUGGCGGAGGCCCUCAACCAGGAGUUCCUGGCCACGCGCAGCAACGAGAAGCAGGAGCUGCAGGAGCUCAAUGACCGCUUCGCCAACUUCAUUGAGAAGGUGCGUUUUCUGGAGCAGCAGAACGCGGCCCUGCGCGGGGAGCUGAGCCAAGCCCGGGGCCAGGAGCCGGCGCGCGCGGACCAGUUGUGCCAGCAGGAGCUGCGCGAGCUGCGGCGAGAGCUCGAGCUGUUGGGCCGAGAGCGUGACCGGGUGCAGGUGGAGCGCGACGGGCUGGCGGAGGACCUGGCGGCGCUCAAGCAGAGGUUGGAGGAGGAGACACGCAAGCGGGAGGACGCGGAGCACAACCUCGUGCUCUUCCGUAAGGAUGUGGACGACGCCACUUUGUCCCGCUUGGAACUAGAGCGCAAAAUUGAGUCUCUGAUGGAUGAGAUUGAGUUCCUCAAGAAGCUGCACGAGGAGGAGCUGCGAGACCUGCAGGUGAGCGUGGAGAGCCAGCAGGUGCAGCAGGUGGAGGUGGAAGCCACCGUGAAGCCGGAGCUGACGGCAGCGCUGAGGGACAUCCGCGCGCAGUACGAGAGCAUCGCCGCGAAGAACCUGCAGGAGGCGGAGGAGUGGUACAAGUCCAAGUACGCGGACCUGUCCGACGCUGCCAACCGGAACCACGAGGCCCUGCGCCAGGCCAAGCAGGAGAUGAACGAGUCCCGACGCCAGAUCCAGAGUCUAACAUGCGAGGUGGACGGGCUGCGCGGCACGAACGAGGCCCUGCUCAGGCAGUUGAGGGAGCUGGAGGAGCAGUUCGCCCUGGAGGCGGGGGGCUACCAGGCGGGCGCUGCGCGGCUCGAGGAGGAGCUGCGACAGCUAAAGGAGGAGAUGGCGCGGCACCUGCGGGAGUACCAGGAGCUCCUCAACGUCAAGAUGGCCCUGGACAUCGAGAUCGCUACCUACCGCAAGCUGCUUGAGGGCGAGGAGAGCCGGAUCUCCGUGCCCGUCCAUUCUUUUGCCUCUUUAAGUAUAAAAACGACUGUGCCUGAGGUGGAGCCUCCCCAAGACAGCCACAGCCGGAAGACGGUUCUGAUCAAGACCAUUGAGACCCGGGAUGGGGAGGUGGUGACAGAGUCCCAGAAGGAGCAGCGCAGUGAGCUGGACAAGUCUUCUGCCCACAGUUACUGAACCCCUUGGUCCAGGGCCUUGACUCUGCCCUAGGCCUAUGCUAAGCCCAAACCCUAAGACCACUCCUGAAUCAGUCUCCUCUCCCUCUGCAUGUGUCUAAAAGGUAGUAUCAGGCAUCCCUCUCCUGGCUCAUGGCCAAGCCCUACCCGACCAGCAGUUGCUGGGCCUCUCCCUUCCCUGACACUUGAUGUGACGUAUGUGCUUUCCCUUUCAUGUCCCGAUAAGAAGUCAAUGACUUCCUUUAGAACAAAUCUACUCCAGCCACGAUCCCAUGAGAAGUGGGUGAGCCAGGGUCUGAGUUUCAUGUUUGAAUUGAAUAAAAUGCUGUCAAGAGAAA